AUGCCGCAAUUUUCCUCGACACGGCGCGUGCAGCACAGUGCCGAUGCGAUGUUCGCGCUUGUGGCCGAUGUCGAAAGAUACCCCGAAUUCGUGCCUCUCUGCGAGGCGCUGACGGUGCGUUCCCGGCGCGAAAAAGCCGGCCGGACGCUGAUGAUCGCCGACAUGACCGUCGGCUACAAGGCGAUCCGGGAGACGUUCACCAGCCAGGUCAUUCUCAAACCGUCAGAGCGCGAGAUCGACGUGUCCUAUGUCGACGGACCGUUCAAGUAUCUCAGCAAUGUCUGGCGCUUUGCCGAUUGCGGCGAUGGCUGCUGCGACGUGCAUUUCCACAUCGACUACGAGUUCAAAAGCCGUAUGCUGGGUGCGCUGAUGGGCGCGAUGUUCGACCGAGCGUUCCGGAAGUUCUCGCAGGCCUUCGAGGAACGCGCCGACGCGCUGCAUGGCACCAUGGCGCGGCCCGCCGCCGGCGCCUGA